UAAUGUCUUCGACUAGAUAUGAUUUGUGAUCUUUUGACGUAUCGUUGAAAGAAAUCGGUUUGGUGAGAGCUGAGAAAAAGUGAUAACAGACACAAAAAAAAACACAUCAUAGUAAAACCAAUACCUUCUCAGCUUCGCAUCGAAGCUUAAAUAUCAGAAAAUAAUUUAUAAUUUCUUUCAAAUAACGAUAUUUAAAAUAUAAUUUCUAGUAGAUAUUGUUCCAUGAUAAACUAUUCCGUAAAAUUUCAUUUCUGAUAAGUUCUUUUCCGAUUUCUAUAGCUCUUCAUAAUCUAUGAAUUCAUAUGCGCGCGCCCACAUGAGAGCAACAAUCUUAUCAAUUUACAAUAAUGUAAUAUGUUCAAAAAAUUAUAACUGUGUUAGGAUCUUUAUUAGAUGUUGGUUUUUAAUUAUUCAAUUAUCUAUUGAUGUUAAAACUUUAUUUUAUCUAUGUAAACAUGAGUCUAAUACCUGAAAAAAAUAGUGACUUUUCUAAACCUGAAUAUUGGAAUUCAUUUUUCACUAAACGAGAAGCAACAUUUGAAUGGUAUGGUAGCUAUAGUAAUUUAAAACGAUUACUAACAAAAUAUAUAGGCACUAAAGAUAUAAUUUUAGUGGCUGGAUGUGGAAAUUCUAAUCUUUCUCUUAAUUUAUAUUUGGAUGGGUUUACCUGUUUGACUAGCAUUGAUAAUAGUGAAGUAGUGAUCACUAAUAUGAAAAAAAAACAUAAAAGUAAAUAUCCAGGUUUAACAUAUGAGGUUAAAAAUAUUUUGGAUACAAAAUAUCCUGAUGAGAAAUAUAAUGUUAUUAUUGAUAAAGGUACAUUAGAUGCUUUAAUGCCAGAUGAUGAAGUAGAGUCAUUGUCUCGGGUAAUGGAAAUGUUCAAUGAAAUGAAACGGACAUUGAAAUUUGGUGGUCGUUAUAUAUGUAUUUCAUUGCUGCAAUGCCAUAUAGCCAAAUUUCUUUUUACAUAUUUCAAUGAACAAGGAUGGAUAAUUCGUGUAUGUCAUUGCACAGAAAUUGAAGAUUCUAUUGAUUUUAAUGGCCAAUCUGUAUUUAUGGUGGUUUGUACUAAAAUUAACAAAUUACCUGGUGGUAAAUCAAUUUUAGAGUGGAAUCCUGAUGGUCAAACUAAUGAAAGAUUGAGUUCUAUUGAUGAUUUACUAGAAAUAGUUUUAGACACUCAAAAAUCAGUUUUUAUGUGUUUUAAUCUAACUAAAUGUCGUGUUAAUGAUAAAUGUAAUAAUUACUGUUUUGAAAUAAAUUGUUCUCAGACAAAAACACCUCGUUACACCAUAGUAGUUGCAGAAGGUUCUACUCAACUAAGUCCAAAUAAAAUGACUUUUGCUGCUUUUAUUGUGCCACAUGGAAGAGAACAUGAAUGGUUAUUUAAUAGCAAAGAAGGUCAAGAUAUUUUGAGGAGAAACUGUAAUGUAGAUCGUUUAGCUAUUGUCAGUAUGCAUAGAGGUCAAACAUACAAAAAUUUGGAAGAAGUACAAAAAGAAUUAUCUAGACUUAUGCUGAAAAUUGCACCUCAAGGUGUAGUAAGGAGAGGUGAAACAAUACUUUUUCUUUCUUUGGAACAACAGCUAGGUAAUAGGAAAACUAUUGUGAAAGGUAAGAGUAAAUUUUCUGGUGAUUAUGUUGUAGAAGAAGUAGCUGGGCAAACAAAUGAAAUUUAUAGACGUCUGGUAUUUCUUGACAUGCCUCAAGUUAUACAAUCUGAAGUCAAAUUGAUAAGAUCAGUUGGUGAUGAAAACAAAAUUGACUGUUCAUAUUUUAUCAGUGAUUAUAUACCAUACUUGGGCCUUGGUAUUGGCAUUAUCGCAAAGAAAUCUAGCAAAACACCUAGAAUUCUUUUAAUUGGUUUAGGUGGAGGAGUAUUGGCCAACUUAUUAGUAAAUAUUUAUAAUGAUAUAAAAGUCAUUGCUUUGGAAAUAGAUGAUGCAGUAUAUAAAAUAGCUAAAGAAUCUUUUGGAUUAACAGAAAACUCAAAAUUAAAUGUAAAAAUAUGUGAUGGUCUUGAAUAUCUCAAAAAAACUGCAAAUAAAUGUGAUAAUUUUGAUGCUGUUAUAUAUGAUAUUGAUGUUAAAGAUCCUACAUUAGGUCUAAGUGGUCCUCCAAAAAUAUUUAUGACUCAAGAAGCAUUGAAUUAUGUAAAAACUUUGAUAGGUGAUCAAGGAAUUUUUUUAAUUAAUUUUAUCUGUCGUGCCACUGAUGUUAAAUCAGAAAUCAUUAGUAUACUAAAAACAAAUUUCAAAAAUUUAACAUCAUUAAAAAUAACAGAUGAAAUUAAUAAAGUAUUAUUUGCAAGUAAUCAAAAUACUUUAUUUAAUGAGACUCUUUUAGUGCAAACAGCCGACUACUUAAAUCAAUGUGCUAAAUGUAAUGAAUCCAUUGGUUGUGAUAUUGUUGAUUCUUUAGCAUUAAAGAGUAGAAUUGAAAACUAUUAAUUUUUAGUCUUAUCAUACUUCUUCUUCAUUUUGUCUAUAAUUUUUAUUGUCUAAAUUUACUAUGCAUGUGUACCUUGUAGAAUUUCAAUAUUUUUUAAGUUAAAUUUGUACUAUCAAUUUAUUUUUAUUCUGUAAUUUGUGAUAUUUAAUAAACACAAUGUUGGUGUAUGAGU